UAGGACAGAAGCAGCAGACAGCUCGUAUAUGCGCGUCUUCUGUACAUACAUACACAGAGGCUCCAAUGGAUGGUACGGGAGUGAUUUAAAAUACAGGUUACACGUAGGUAACACAGGUUUCUGGAUGUUCCUUUUCCUGUACUGGCUGCACUAGUUCAGAGUUUAUCUUUCUCAUUUCAAUAUGGUGGGAAGAAGAUAUAAACUCUGAACUAGUGCAGCCAGUUCAGCUAAAAGAAAGCAGACUCUCUUGGUAUGUUCUUUCUAGCUGAACUUGCUGCACCAGUUCAGUGUUUAGCUUCUUCUUUCCAAUGUAGAAGGAGGAAGACAAACUCUGAACUGGUGCAGCCAGUUCAGCUAAAAAGAACAGACACUCUCUCUUGAUAUUAACCAUCGUAUGUCAUAACGUCAUAUAACGUGUUUUCUGAAGAUGGACAGAAAUAUCAACAAGAUACUUGACAUAUCAUGGAGAUUCGGAGUGACCGCAGCGAGUAACGAUUCUGACAAAGUCGCAAAAUCAUUUCUACAACUCAAGUUAUGUCUGGACGAUAACGGUAAAGUCAGGAAUGAGUUUAUUGAGAUGACAAUAGGCCAGUUUUACAAAUUUCUACAUGAUCUAGAAAAGGCAAAAUGCAAUCUCGAUCUGUUAUUGUAAAAAAAUGUGUAUUAAAACAAUAAUUCUAUGUGGAUGUACCUGUAUUAAGAUAUUCUUUUCAUCACUCCGAAGUUCUAAGAAUUUACUGAUGUUCCUGUACAAUGAAAUGAAAGUCGGUCGAGGUCGACGACGCACAGAUGAUUCGUCAAUCAGUGACUGUCCGAUAAAACGCGUCAGGAUGAUCGCAUCCCAGAAGUGAUCGUCUCCGACAUCGGACUAUCCGAUCGCGAUGACCCACGGCUUUUUGAGAAACUUUUAUAUAUUUUCUUAUAAUGUGCAUUAUUAAAAAAAAAAGAUAUGCAUUAUCUCUAGGAAGAUAGUAAGGCCAGUCCCUUUUCAAGACUGUCUCAAGAUCAUUUUCAAAUACUUUGUAGCCAAUGAAAUGAUUCGUACAGCGUUCAGCAACAUUCGUUCUUUACAAAGAUAAAAACAAUGACUCAUCUAUGUGUCUUAUUGCAACAACUAAUACGUGGUGACGUUAUGAAUUUAUGUGUAUAUAUAAUUGUGAAAUGCAAUUUUGUUCCCUAUGACAUUUUUAUUUCCAUCAGUCUCAACACUGCAGUUUGAUUCAAUAAAACCUUGUAUAUAUUUUAACCUUGUAUACAUUCUAAGAUUAUAAUUUUUCAACAAGUAAUUGAAUAUAUAUUAUAUAAUAAAUAAAAGCGUCAGGAAUUCGUACAAAAUAAUUGACAAUCUUCAUCAGUUAUGCUAGAUUUAUCAUUUCGACGAGUUUCGCAAAACAGUGUAAAAGUGAAAUUAGUCAUGGAUCACGUUAGAGAAGUUAAUAAUACAUGUAUAAAUAAUGUCAGCUAAGUACCUCACGUACUGAUAAAUGUUCCUUUUUUAUACAUAUAGGCAAAUAUAUUUCCACAAAUAUUUUCACGUGUAUGUAUGUACUACAUGUAAUAUUUAUGACUUAUAAAUAUUAGAUUAAAACUUAAUCAAAGAAUUAGAAUCAGAUAACUCAUACCUCCAGAGAUUGCUAUUCCUCCUUUCUUUAGAAAAAUAUAUACAGGCUUUAUACAUCUAUGUCACUCUUUAACUAAAUUAUUAUGCGCAUAAUCUUCAUACUUUCACACUUAUCGAGUAAUAAAAAUAUUGUACAAUCUAUGUUAUAGUCCGUUGAAACAAUUGUAAUAUCAAUAGCCGUCCAAAUUUUCAUGCAGGCUCGGUUGCGAAGAAUGUAUAAUCUGAAAGAAAUAUAAAAUACAUUUUUCAGAA